UUAUCUGGUGGACUCUAGAAUUCGCGAAACAGUAGAUGUGAAUAAGUUAUACAAGUGUUGCCCUACAAUGGAGGAAACAGAUGAGGAGUCUAUAUCAGGUGGGCGUAGCAAGGAGACAAGGGGAAUAAGCCUGUUUAUCAUCUCCCUUAGACAGUAGACCAAUCAUGGGCCAACAUCUGUCUCCCACCACAUGUUGUUUCUCACAAAGCUUCACAAUCCUCUCUCUAUAUAAUCACUACCCUCUUAGCUCAUCUCCAGGCCACAAAAACUAAACUUCCAUUGUUUCUCUCUUUUAGUUCUUUUAGUUCUUCUUCUUCUUGUUGUUGUUCUUACAUUCAUCAUGAGGAGUUCAAAGAUCUGGUUAUGGCAACAAUGUUCAAAGCAAAUCAGAGAGCAGAGGGCAAGACUUUAUAUCAUCUGGAGAUGUGCUGUGAUGCUUCUAUGUUGGCAUGAUUAACUACUCAUCCAAAGCCAAAGGUAGAGAUUUAAGAGAAGUCAAAUUGUCUCCAAGGACACCACACUCUAUUACGCUAACUAUAAUAUACAGAGUUGAAGAAGCAUAGAAUGUGUUCGAGUUGUAGACGAGAACAAGUGACACUAUGUACAGUUGAGGAUCGAAUCGUGUCAACUAGGAUUGCAGAGAAAUGUUCUUUUAUUUCACUGUGUGAAAUACUACGUUCUAUACUCCUUCCAUAGAAACAGAGAUCAAUUAUGCUGUGAAUCCUUCUGUUCUAUCCUACCCAUUCUUGUGGGGAUCCAUAACAACAAACAAGAGUUCAUUAUAAUCACGAUUUGGCCACUAAAAGGGUGGUUGUAUUGAUGUUCUUUUACUUAAUCAUGGGAUCCCCAUAUAACCUAAUUCAAUCAUAGAUCGUCACAUCAAGGAGUUUGGGAGCCAA